AAUAAUUUUUGAGUAUGGACUCCAUACAUCAGCAUCACUGCAAGAGUUUUUCUUAAAUCCCCAACCCAUUUCCACACCUGUGGAAUCAGAAUGUUUAGGGAUGUAGAUCCCAGGAAUCUACAUUUUUAUCAAGGAGGGUGGUAUGGCUCUUCUGAGAACUACUAGUUCAUCCAACUCAGUCAUCUAGAGAGAAUCCUGAAGCCCAGGGAGAUAGUGUCUUUGAGGCCAUGUGGGUUAUUUAGUGCUGCAUCCCACAGUAAUAAUUUCUGUUCUGAUGAGCUUUCUACUCCAGGCCUCUAUGAGCUGGACUGACUUAAUAUAGGUGCGCGGCCAUCACCACCUGUGUCUUUGAGAUUAAGCUAACAGAGGCAAGAAUGGUGCCUCUGAACUCACUGUGUGGUGCUGCUCAGGAGGCAGGAAGCCUGUAAAGGACUCUUUGAUUCUUGUGACAUCUUCGCACAAAAGAACUGCCCUGUUUCCAUGCUGGCAUUGCUGCAGUUUCCUUUCUUCUUUUAGUUCCUGGACAUCUCCAUGAAAUGGACGACCCAAGAAACAUUUCCUCCGAAGUACCUUCAUUUUGACCCAGAAACCUCUCACCAGCUGAUGUGUGACAAAUGUCCCCCCGGCACCUACUUAAAACAGCACUGUACAGCGAGGCGGAAGACCGCGUGCGCCCCCUGCCCUGACAGCUACUACACGGACGCCUGGCACACCAGCGACGAGUGUCUGUACUGCAACGCGGCGUGCAAGGAGCUGCAGUACGUCAAGCAGGAGUGCAACCGCACCCACAACCGCGUGUGCGAGUGUGAAGACGGGCGCUACCUCGAGGUGGAGUUCUGCUCCAAGCACAGAAGCUGCCCCCCCGGGUUUGGGGUGCUGAAAGCUGGAACCCCAGAGCGAAAUACGGUUUGCAAAAGAUGUCCAGAUGGGUUCUUCUCGAAUGAGACAUCCUCGAAAGCACCCUGCAGAAAACAUACCAACUGCAGUGCCUUUGGUCUCCUUCUGACUCAGAAAGGAAAUGCAACACAUGACAACAUAUGUUCUGGAAACAGUGAAUCGGUGCACAGAUGUGGAAUAGAUGUCACCCUGUGUGAGGAGGCAUUCUUCCGGUUUGCUGUUCCUACCAAAGUCACCCCUAACUGGCUCAGUGUCCUGGUAGACAAUUUGCCUGGCACCAGAGUAAACGCGGAGAGUGUAGAGAGGAUAGAAAGACGACACAGCUCCCAAGAGCAGGCUUUCCAGCUGCUGAAGUUAUGGAAACACCAAAACAAAGGCCAGGAUACGGUCAAGAAGAUCAUCCAAGACAUCGAGCUGUGCGAGCGCAGCGUGCGGCGGCACCUGGGGCGCGCGAACCUCACCUCGCAGCAGCUGCGCAGCCUGAUGGAGAGCUUGCCGGGGAAGAAGGUGGCGCCCGAAGACAUCGAGCGGACGGCGAAGGCCUGCGCGUCGGGCGAGCAGGUCCCGAAGCUGCUGAGCCUGUGGCGGGUGCAGAACGGCGACCAGGACACCCUCCAGGGCCUGGUGCACGCGCUGAAGCGCCUGAAGGCGCCCCGCUUCCCGCAGGCGGCCGCGCAGAGGCUGAGGAAGGCCGUCCGCUUCCUGCACGGCUUCGCCAUGUACCGGCUCUAUCAGAAGCUGUUCGUAGAAAUGCUGGGGAACCACGUCCAGUCGGCAAAGAUAAGCUGCUUGUAACCGGAGGCGGCCGCUGGGCCGUUUCCUCCCCGUGGACCAGGUCGGACGGACGAGUAAACUGUUUCUCAGGUUCUCAGGCACUUGAGGGGGGACAGUGGCUUCUUUCUCACUGCCCAGGACUCCACUCGGCCCCAGGCACACGAAAGCAAAACUAUGCUAUGGAGAAAGAGCCAACUUCUCCCCCCAAAGCUCAGUAAGCCCCAAAUAGUUUAUCCAACUGGCAGAUCUGGUCCAGUAUCUACUGACUAUGUUUCCCCCCCUUAUUACUGCUUGAAGUAAUUCAACUGGAAAUGAGAAACUAGGCUGCGUGGGGCCUCGCUAAAUAUGGGAAUGUCUAACUUCAGGAGCUUUGAGAUCGCAGCUGUCUAGAGGCUUUUAUGAAAAAGCCAUUUCUUCCCUGUAAAAGUACUAAUAUAUCUGUAACACUAUUACAGUAUUUGCUAUUUAUAUUCAUUCAGAUAUAAGGUUUGUACAUAUUAUUGUCCUAAAGGGAAAUCGUGUGGACUUAAUUUUAGAAAGAAAAAUUUUUAUAUAUUCUGUUUAUUAUGACAAAUGAAAGAGAUAAAAUAUAUUUUUUAAUGGAAAGUUUGUAGCAUUUCCGAAGAGGUACUGCCACUCUUCCUGUGUGGGGUGUUUUUGUAAUAUAAUUUUACCUAUAUAAGCUAUGAUAUCAUUUUAUAGAGAAUACAUUAUUUAGUCAAUUGUUUAAUGUUGGAAAGUGUUUGAAAUAUAAAUUAUCUGAAUAUUAGAUGCGCUGAGAAAUUGAAUGUACCUUAUUUAAGAGAUUUUAUGUUUUUUUGCUAUAUAAACAACAUCAUUAAAGUUUUCAAAUUA